CGAAUAUUCUUUUACGUUAGUUCGAAGGAGAAGUGAAACGGUGAAACGGAAGAGGAGUAGAGAAUUCGAGCAACCGAAAUGGACGAGCAGCCCCGGUUGAUGCACUCUCACGCUGGAGUAGGGAUGGCUGGACACCCCGGCCUGCCUCAGCACAUGCAAGAGAGCAGCGGAGGAACAGACGGUGACGGAAGAAAACAGGACAUUGGAGACAUUUUACAGCAAAUUAUGACCAUCACAGAUCAAAGUCUAGACGAGGCUCAGGCCAGGAAACACGCAUUGAAUUGUCAUAGAAUGAAGCCAGCUCUCUUCAACGUCUUGUGUGAAAUCAAAGAAAAAACAGUUCUGAGUAUCCGCGGUGCCCAGGAGGAGGAGCCUCCAGACCCUCAGCUCAUGCGAUUGGAUAACAUGUUAUUAGCAGAGGGAGUGUCUGGACCAGAGAAAGGAGGCGGGUCGGCGGCGGCAGCGGCGGCGGCAGCAGCCUCGGGAGGAGUGGGAGCAGAUAACUCAGCCGAGCACUCUGACUACAGAGCCAAACUGUCCCAGAUCCGUCAGAUAUACCACACUGAACUGGAAAAAUACGAACAGGCAUGUAACGAGUUUACGACCCAUGUGAUGAACCUGCUCAGAGAGCAGUCUCGCACGAGGCCCAUUUCGCCCAAAGAGAUCGAGCGUAUGGUGAGCAUCAUCCACCGCAAGUUCAGCUCCAUCCAGAUGCAGCUCAAACAGAGCACCUGCGAAGCCGUCAUGAUCCUACGCUCACGCUUCCUCGACGCCAGACGGAAAAGACGAAACUUUAACAAACAAGCAACGGAGAUCCUGAAUGAAUACUUUUACUCACACCUCAGUAACCCGUACCCAAGCGAGGAGGCCAAAGAAGAAUUGGCCAAGAAGUGCUCCAUCACAGUUGCCCAGGUGUCCAACUGGUUCGGAAACAAACGGAUCCGGUAUAAGAAAAACAUUGGAAAGUUCCAGGAAGAAGCCAACAUGUACGCUGCCAAAACAGCCGUAAAUGCUGCCAGCGUUUCAGCACAUGGAAGCCAAGCAAAUUCCCCUUCCACUCCAAACUCAGCAGGGUCUGCCACCUCUUUUAACAUGUCAAACUCUGGGGAUUUAUUUAUGAGCGUGCAGUCUCUCAAUGGGGAUUCUUACCAGGGGGCACAAGUGGGAGCCAACGUGCAGUCACAGGUGGAUACCCUUCGCCAUGUUAUCAGUCAGACAGGAGGAUACAGUGAUGGCCUCACAGCCAGCCAGAUGUACAGUCCGCAGGGCAUCAAUGCAAAUGGUGGCUGGCAGGACGCUCCUACUCCCUCAUCAGUGACCUCACCUACAGAAGGACCCGGAAGUGUUCACUCCGACACUUCUAACUGA